AUGGACACCGAUGAUCCAGACCUGCGGGCGCCGCUGCUGCCGCCCGGGGCGGGGCCGGCGCCCGCGCCGGAGGCCGACGGGCUUUAUAUGCCAGAGCAGCUUGAGUACCCAUUCUUGGAUGAGAACCUGCUGCAGGAGCUGCGCAGCAUCCAUGAGCAUGAUGUGGAGGCCGGGGCGGCGGCCCUGCCUGAGGAGCUGCCUCAUGGCGACGACGAGGUGUUCAAGAUGCGCGAGCUGAUCCAGGAGAAGCCUGAGGACGUGCUGCACUACAUUGAGGAGCAGGGGGUCCUCAAGGUCUGCGAGUUCGAGGUCCAGGACUCCCUGGCGUUCAAGGCGUUCCAAUCCGAGGGCAUCCUGACCAUGGGGGCCGACCACUUUGAGGUCGACUGGGAGGCAAUGUGGCUGGAGAGGCUGGCAGACACGGGCAAGGCGGCAGGUGCGGGCUGGACCACGAGUGUGCUGCUGGAGGCUCACGUGGUCAACCUGCGGGAUGCGGCCGCCCAGGGCUCCCGCGGCCUGCUGCAGCCCCUGCUCAAGAGGUACCAGGUGGGAGAGUGA